AUGAAAUCUCGUGCUCUGAUCAUCGCCAUGACCGAGUUUCACAGUCGGCCAGGUGGGAAUGGUAUAAAGUUAGAUCCCCGUAAAGGUGUGAAGCGUGACACAAAGCGCCUCUUCCGUAUUCUCUCCGUUCUGGGCUUUGAGGUCACUUUGCACACAGAUGUCACUGCCAGAGAGAUCAGAGAAAUCUACCGAAAAGAAAGAACGAAGCCUCAAGGAGACUGUUUUAUCAGCAUAAUUUCCAGCCAUGGUGAGGAGGGGGUCAUUUAUGAUUUCCAUGGUGAUCAUGUGUACCUUAGAGACCUGUAUGAUCUGCUAUCUCCGGACAACUGCCCAGCACUGGCUGGUGUACCCAAACUCUUCUUUAUACAGGCAUGCCGAGGAACAUCGCUAGACCAAGGUGCCAUCGUGGAGACUGAUGGCGCUCCACAACAAAUAAGUGCAUUCUCUCAUAUUGACUUCCUCCCGAGGGACACUGUGGUCGUGUUUGCCAGCAGUGAAGGUUAUGCUGCAUUCAACAAUCCUAUGGGCUCAGUCUUCUUGCAGACGUUGUGUGAAAUGCUCAGUGGAAAGGAGAAGGACCUCGAACUGACUCAGCUCCUUACUCGUCUUAAUCAUCUGGUGGCCUACAAGUUUGAAAGCAAAGGAACAUAUGGAGGGUGCAAAGAGAUGCCAUGCUACAUUACUAACCUCACCAGGGACCUGUACCCAUUCCGAGGAAGGACAUAG